GGGAAAUGAAGUGAGAUAAGUCUACACUCUAUCCCCUCCUCCCCAGUAAAUCACAAACCCAACCGAUCCCCUCUUCCUUUGAUUCCCUCUCUCUCUCUAUUAGACCCCCAUAAAUCUGCACACUUUCUCAAUUUCAUUACCAAACAGAACUCUUAAAAUUGCUGCGAUUCUUUCUCCGAGAAGCCCUAGGGAAAGAGGGGUUUCCAUCUAAAUCUUGGUUCUUUUUGAUCUUGUGGGUAUUCGCUGAUCAUGGAUUCCGAAGAAGACAUGCUCGAUAUGUAUUCAGGGGAGGAUGAUUUCUACAGCGAUGAUUACAAGGAUAGUGAUAAUGAUAAUGAUGAUGAUGAUGAUGGGGAACCUGAUUACGGCUUUGUUGAGGAAGACGCUGACGACUCUGCCAUGAUCGCCUCCCAUCGCUCUCAGAAAAAUUAUUGUGUUCUUAGGGAAGAAGAUAUUCUCAGGCAUCAGGUGGAAGAUAUUGAACGAGUUUCCGUCGUCCUCUCCAUAACUGAAGUCGAAGCUAGUAUUCUACUUCGUCACUAUCACUGGAGUGUUGGUAAAGUUCACGACGAAUGGUUUGCGGAUGAAGAGAGGGUCAGGAAUACCGUUGGCAUAUUGGAGAGUCCUGUUGUUCCACCAUCUGAUGACACAGAACUUACAUGUGGAAUCUGUUUCGAUUCAUACCCUCCCGAGAACAUUGUUUCAGUUUCUUGCGGCCAUCCAUUCUGCACUACAUGCUGGACAGGUUACAUCAGCACAACCAUUAAUGACGGCCCAGGAUGUUUGAUGCUAAGAUGUCCUGACCCAUCUUGUGUAGCUGCCGUUGGUCAUGAUAUGGUUGACAAAUUAGCGUCUGAUGAAGACAAGGAGAAAUAUAAUCGAUACUUUCUUAGGUCUUAUAUUGAAGACAACAGAAAGAUGAAGUGGUGUCCUGCCCCAGGGUGUGAUUAUGCGAUUGAUUUUGUUGCCGGGUCUGGAAAUUAUGAUGUUUCCUGCUUGUGCUCAUUUAGCUUUUGCUGGAAUUGCACAGAGGAGGCUCACCGACCAGUUGAUUGUAGCACUGUUUCAAAAUGGAUUUUAAAGAACAGUGCUGAAUCUGAAAAUAUGAAUUGGAUACUUGCCAAUUCAAAGCCUUGUCCAAGAUGCAAGCGGCCAAUUGAAAAAAACCAGGGCUGUAUGCAUAUGACAUGCUCACCGCCUUGUAAAUAUGAAUUCUGUUGGCUUUGUCUUGGUGCAUGGAUGGAUCAUGGGGAAAGAACUGGUGGGUUUUAUGCUUGUAACCGGUACGAGGUGGCCAAGCAAGAAGGACAGUAUGAUGAGACUGAAAGGAGGAGAGAGAUGGCAAAAAAUUCACUAGAGAGAUACACACAUUAUUAUGAACGCUGGGCAAGCAAUCAAACGUCGAGGCAAAAGGCUAUCACGGAUCUGCAGCAAUUGCAGACGCAUAAUCUUGAGAAGCUUAGUGAUAAACAGUGCACACCAGAAUCUCAGCUCAAGUUCAUCUUAGAAGCUUGGCUUCAGAUCAUCGAAUGUAGGCGAGUCUUGAAAUGGACAUAUGCAUAUGGAUACUACCUACCUGAUCAUGAACAUGCCAAGCGAGUUUUUUUCGAAUAUUUGCAAGGGGAAGCUGAGUCAGGUCUGGAGAGACUCCAUCAAUGCGUAGAGAAGGACUUGCUUCAAUUUCUUAAUGCGGAAGGCCCAUCAAAAGAUUUCAAUGAUUUCCGGACAAAACUAGCUGGUUUGACCAGCGUAACAAAAAAUUACUUUGAGAAUUUGGUGAAAGCUCUGGAGAACGGUCUUGCUGAUGUAGACUCGCACGCGGCUUGCAGCAGCAAAUCAACAAGCUCUAAGUCAACAGGUUGCAGUAGCAAAACAAGAGGUAAAGGCAAAGGAAGUUCCAGAACUGGUUGA